GAACAAAACCAAAAGUCCAAAACCAACACUCAAGUACAUAGAACAGAGAGAUAAGCUGCAUGAUAACAUUAUUUAUAAGACCCGUAUUAAUAACUCUAGAAUCAGCUUGAUACUUCAGACUACACAAAAAAAUGUCUGGCUAACUUAAAACAUUAUGGGAGGAGCUCAAAGUAGACCAGCACCGAGUGCUACACCUGAGCCAGCUGUUUCAACACAACAUAUUAGACGUAAAACUUGCAGGAAGUUUGCAGACUGUGGGGAUCAGACCAGUAAACACAGAAGCCAGUUCAUCCACAGUUCAGAUAUACCUUCAUGUAUAGAUUAUAGAGAUCGGCCCCCCUGUUGGUACUGGGAGACAUGCUAUAGACAAGAUGGCAAAAAAUCAGAGCAUAUGGCCAAGUAUCUCCAUCCUUGGGAGUUAGCAGAUUCAGGUAAAGUGCCAGCAGUCCAUACUGGCAAUAUAGGAGCGGGUAAAGGCCUUUCAUCCACCAAUACCCUACAAGAUUCAGACGAAGUGCGGGUAGUCCUGAUUGGCAAAACAGGGGUGGGUAAAAGCCUUUCAUGCAAUACCCUACUGGGUGAAGAGAAGUUUAAAAGUUGCCUUAGCUUCCAAUCAGAGACUGGUUCCUGUCAGUACGAUUAUGUGAAGUAUCAUGGGAAAAAAUAUAUGAUUAUAGACACUCCAGGGAUCUUUGAUACCAAUGUCAAUGAGCAACAGAACGCUAUUGAACUCUUGAAGUGCGUGGCUAUAUGCGCACCAGGCCCUCAUGUAUUCUUCAUCACCAUAGCGAUAGGGCAUGGCCGAUAUACAGAAGAAGAUAAGAAGACAAUUGAUUUAUGCCGUAAAAUAUUUGGUGAUGGUAUAAUGAAACAUGCAGUUGUGCUAUUCACAGGUGGCGAUAAAAUGAUUGAAGAAAAUAUGACGGAAGAAGAAAUGAUGAUUACUCCAGUCAUUAAGAAAUUAAUAAAAGACUGCGGUGGACGUACAUUCAUCAUGAACAACAAGACCAGUGAUGAUCAAAGAACCAAUCAAGCAGAAGACUUAAUGAUGAAAGUCAAUGAAUGGGGCCUUGAUAAAACUGCGUAUAAAGAUAAACAUGGACUUUUUAAAAAGGUAGAAGAGAUUUUCAUGAAUGAACAACGAGAUAAGAACACUUCACGGGAUGACAUCAGGGAGUCGAUUAUGAAAAACCUGCGUAAAGCAAAGCCUUAUAUGGAGCUAAUUAUAAAAGCAAUUGGUCCAAUGCUUGCCAUGAUACCAGACCAACGUGUGCAAGUGUUUUCCCGAGUGAUGACUGCAGUUUCGUCAAAGCUUAUUCUUCCAUUACUAGAACUCUGGCUUGCUGAAGAGAUGCCCAAAGAAACAUAAUCAACAGGAUUUAGCAUAAUUGGUAGACUGAAGAACUCUGUGACAGAAACUGAAGACACAUCAGGGGCAUAGCCAGCUUUUAGUCAGGG